AUGGAAUCCGCAUUGACGAUUUCACACGAGAAUUCUGAAUCCGAGACUGGAAGCACCUCGAUCGGUGUCCGUCCCGACACGAUUACUCCGAAGAUUCCUGACAUUUUGAAAACUCCUGAAAUGCAGCAAAUCUGUAAAAGCUGGAAAAGAUCUAAUUUGCGCCGCCUUUCACUGACUACCUCCGCCGUAUCCUCCUUGACCGCCACCUCCUGGUCCUCCCCAUCCUCCUGGACCUCCGCGUGGAGCUGGGCCUCCCCAGCCACCACCUCCACCGUUGUAACCUCCACGUGGUCCGUCGCGGGAUCUUCCACCACGAGUCUCACGAUCGCGGCUCAUUUGAGCUUUGCUCAUCUCGUCCUUGGAGAGUCCCUUCCUCACAUCACAUCGGUGUCCGUUGACCAUAUGAGACUUCUGGAGAACGCAUUGAUCGACGGAAUCGUGAUCGUCGAAUGUGACGAAUCCGAAGCCACGUGGCUUCUGGGUGGCCUUGUCGAGAAUAAUCUCGGACUUGAGACGCUUCGUCGACACAUUCGAUUCGGAGCGAUUCUUGUCGUCACGUGGAACGGCACGCUUCGGAUCGACAGUCUUUCCAUCGAUAACGUGUGGUCGUUGCUUCAUAGCGGCGUCCACCUCGGCCUUGGCGGUGAAAGUGACGAAUCCGAAUCCACGGGAUCGCUUUGUGGUUGGAUCUCUCAUCACAAUAAUGUCAGUGAUCUCUCCGAAUUGAGAGUAGAACUCUCUCAUCAGGUCAUCGGUGGUGUUCGAGGUGAGUCCUCCGACGAAAAUCUUUCGGAGAUUCUCUGGCUCCAAGUUUGCGUCGCCUCCUCCAUUCUGCAAGAAAAUCGAUUAACAGGGGGAACUGGGGCCGCAAGUAGGUGUCCUACACCUAAAAAGCAAGUGAACAAACGUAACCUCAGUCUUGACUUCGACGUCCGUCAUGAUUCUAGUUCUUAG